AUGGAGAUCCUGUCGAUUUUACUCUUUCUCUCGGGUUUGGCACCUGUUUGUGCCUCUCCGGUCGCCCCGUUAGACCCUCAGUUGGAGGCAAGGGGAUUUAUCACUGGCCGGGAGCCUCUGGACAUUGGAGCACCGGAUGAUGCUGGGUCGCCAAACCCGGAUCCCGAUGCGGGAUGCACGACGACGCUGACGGAAACUUUGGAAUGCUCGUGGGACGGGACCACCACGGAGUACCCGUCGACAACCACGCUGUUCCGAUCGAUCGACUGCAACGGGUGUGACAAUGUGUCCGUCUCCCGGGAAAUCCAUUACUGCCCAAACCAAAGCAUCAUUGCCACGCUGUACCCGGUGAGCCCCAGCACCACCUGGAGCACUGUCUGCCAGACGUCUGCCUCAGUCGGCGUACGAAGCACAGCACACGCCCCAGCCGCAACGAGCACCGUUGUCCCAGAGCAUCACGCAGCACUACCCGUCGUCCCCACGCCCACCCCAGCACCGCUGGCAAGGAAGCGCUCGCAACACUGA